AUGUCUUGCCCAUGCGAAGCUGUUUCUGUUUCCUUGGCAAGAUUACGUCUUUGGCCAGCAACUUCCAAGAAUCCAACUUUUGCAUUCACAUUCGAUCUUUUGGAUUGGAUGGAGGCUUUACUUUUGGAAUGCCAAGUUUCAGUGAAUGAUUUCUGUAAAGCAUUAGAUUUCAAAAUUCCAAGAUAUGUCAUUGUAAGUUAUUGCCAUAGUUAUUUUUUUAUUAAAAGUACAUUAAAUUAAGUGCAUGCAUGUCAAUUAAUUAACAAAAGACACGCAUCCCUGCAUAUACAGCUAAUUCCAAAAAGGUUGUCCUUUGCAAAUCUCAAAUCUUAAACUCUAAGUGCGCAAAGAGUGAUGGGUAACUUUUUUUAGGGCUUUUGAUUGGGCAAAUAAUCCUAGUACACUGCUAGUUGUAUAGCCUAAGUGCUUAUUAUCUGUCUUAACAUAAGUUACAAUGCACAAAUUUGCACGUUUUAGGGCUUAAAGUGUGUAUGAAAAGCAAACUGAAUGACUUCACAAUUGAUUGACGCAGUUGUUUGAGUGAAUUCUGAAUGUUUCUAUAUAAAUGCAGACUAUGUAGGGCCUGUAGGCAUGCAUAUAAAAAAACCGAACAGGAUUAUUGUCAUACUGCAUGAAGGAGAGUUUAAAAAUUAGCAUUAUUAACCGCACUUGAUUUGUAUAGCUAUAUAUUUAACCAUAUAUACUGUGUAUUUUUAAUAGAAAAAAGACAACUAUCACCUAAUCAUAUAUAUAUAUAAUGCCUGAAAACAUCCUAAGGAUAAUUGAAUAAACUUUGUAUAUCCGACGGAAUACGACCGCUCAUGUUGUAAUAUAUAUAGUAUAUUAUUUCUAAUCUGAAUAUUCAUAUUCCAACCCCUUUAAUUAAGAGUUAAAAGCAUGGGGAAAUGUUUAUACUGACAAUGUAAUUUCACUAUUUGAUUUACAUGCAGGUUUAUGAAACAUCAGUUACGAACUCUUGAUGUACUCUGUCCAGAGAGAGACUGUGGAAAUGUCUGCCCUGCUUGUCCUGUGGUAAGUUGAUUAAUUUACAGUAGUCGAGUUCUAUAAAUAGAGAACAGAGUCAAAUUUGACAAACCGUUAACCACUGAACGGUUUACAAAAUAUCAAUUCAAACAUAGUUAUAACCAAUUAACCAUUAAGAUCAGAGGCGUAGCCAGGGCUAGGGCCGGGGGGAGGCCAUCCCCCUGGCAAAAUCCCCCCUGGUAAAAUGUAUUGUAUUAAAAAAAAAAGGGGAAUCCAUGAUUAUAUAGUUUCAUGCUGUCAAUAAUGCAAACAUUCUGUAGAAUAUAUGCCUUGAUGUGCAUCGGUGUGAAACUAAUUAUUUCAAUAUGUUUUAAAUAAGGGUUAGAUUAGAUGAAGUUUUAAACCAAUCUGGGGUUUUUACCAGUGAAUUUUUAACGCGGGCUCAAUGUUGUCGGAAUCUUUGUGGUGACUGGUGAAGGAUUGGAUUUUAUACGGAAUAAAUGUUAUUGUCCGGAAAUUUUUUUUACCAAAAAAGUUGUCGACGGGGGGAGAUUUAAAUGUUGUGGUGUGGCAAAUUUGUUGGCCCCACCUGGGUUUUUGCUGGCCGUCUUCUGACUAAAACUUGGCUAAUACUCUGAUUAUGAUAAACAAUUUUCGAUUGAAUAUAAAAAUGUAAAAAUAGUAAACAGCAAUUUUUAAACAGUAAUCUUUAACCAGAAAUUAUACUAUAAUCCAAAUGUGUUUAACUCCAUGCGUGUUGAAAAUUUAGGAGAAUGGUGUUCUUAUAGAGUCGUUUGAUGCCUGUUUUGGCCUUCCGCGAAAGAAAGCUGCUGGGUCGAGUGCUCGAGAACCAUUGCAUAGGAACACAGUAUUUUGUAACCAGAAAGAAGUGGACAGUUUUGUUGAGACAUAUCCUACGCAACCUAAAUUACCAAAGGUUGGUUGUGUAGUAUUUGUUUCUUCAUAUACUGUACUGCAGUGAAAAUGUUAUUAUGAUUCUCAAUAUUAAUUCAAUAUAGCAAAUAAAGCAUUUCUUCAAUUAUAUGAAUUUAAUUACCCUAUAUAGGGCCAUAUACCGAAGGGCAGGCCAAAAUGUCAUCAUGGGGGGGGAGGGGACUAGCUGUGAAACAAAAUUAUCCAGCGGCCUCCUACAAUUUUCCCAUCGGGGUUAAUUAUAGUGUAAAAGGGAGAGACGGUAUAUACAUAUGGGGGUACUUUUGAGCUGGAGGACUGUGGCAAUUGCUUUUAUACCUAAUAUGUUUUGCGAUAAAAUCAUGUUCCCUGAUCAAUAUCUAAAAGUAAGGUAUUUGUUAUUUUUAGGACUGUAAUGAUUUCAAGGCUGGAGACAUAUUAAGAUCAAAGACUCAAUUUAAGACUUUAGACGAGACUGCUGUGUUUGGUCGGGCAUGUAGACAUGGUUUUCCCAAACAGUUUUUGAACUUAAAACAUGGUGAAAGGUAUAUAUUUAUGCCACCUACAUCUGAAAACUAUAGCCAGGAUAAAUUGAUUUUGGUUACAGGUCUACUAUAAUACAGAUCAUAUGGUGGCUAGUUUUUAUUUCAUUGAUAUUAUGCUUGUGAUUAUUUUAAUAUGACAUAUGGUAAAAUCUCAUGUUUUUAGUUGUAUGUAUAUGACAAUGUACUAGCUCCAAAUACCAGUGAGUGUAGGUUAAACACCGCGAACGGCCGCUUUAAGCCAGAUAUAUAAUAGAUAGAAUGGGACAAGACCAUUUGAGAGAAAAGUGGAAUAAACAGUAAUUUCUAUUGUUUAUUGUUAUUUACAGAGGGUAAUGCAUUGUCCAAGAAAUUGCAAAACCAAAUAAAGAAGACUGAAAAGAACAUGAAACAACUACUAAUGGAAUACAAUUCUUCGUGUGAUCAGUUGAAGGAAGAAACUUCCAAGAGCUGAAUCUCGACCGCAUAAAACGACAAGAGACCUUCAAUUUGGAGGAUGUGGACACCGAAGUUACUGCUAUUCCGUUGUCAGUCAAGCGACAUGCAAUCGAGAUGUUGAGUCUGUUCAAACGAAGUAAAGAAGAGAAGGCAAUUUUCAGCGGUGACAUAAAACAAAUGUUUUAUUACUGUCGUAAUGAUGAGUCCAACGUUUCCAAUAGUAUCAACAUGAUCUCUUCAAAUGAUGCACUUAAUCGGUAUGAAGUGGGCUCUUUAGCGUUGUUAAGAGCAGAGCAAAAGAUCCUGCAACAACGUGUUCUGCACAUACGCGACUCAUUUAGAAACUUGGUGGAACUACCUGAUGUCAAUUAUUCGUUGAUAGCAGAUACUGGUGAAGUGAUGUCAGAUAAUGAAAGCAUUCACACUCAGUCAUCCAAGGAAACAUAG